AUGUCACCAAGUGAGACAACAUUUUUAACUCAACCAACUGAAUCAACUUUUUACAAGUGUAGAAGAGUGAUUAGAAAUCAAACUGUCAAACUUCGUCAGUUCCAAUAUUGUUUAUGUGCAACUAUGCUAUUGAUAUUGAUAAUGAUCCUGGUGGCAAUGGUGAGUUACUCGGUGAGUGAAAUCCAUUUAAAUGAAGAAAUGGAAGAAAAAAAUUCAACAUUUUCUCUCAAGCUUUCGAUGACUCCACAAUUAAUCAAAUUACCAAACAGCCAAGACCUUAGUGACGAUGAAUUAUCGGACGUGAUUGAAGCAGGACAACGUGCAAUACAUGAGCGUAAUUUGAUUAAUUCAAAAGCAACAUUUCAUCCUCAAGAUGAAGUGUCGCCCAACGCACGACACCAUAACGCUGUGAAAACAAGUCUGUAUGCUGGAAAGUUAGCAGUAGCUGGAGUUGGUGAGCUAGGAGCUACAAGAUAUUUCAAGUCUAUAAGAAAAGACAUUGAUAUUACGACGAUGGAUAUUUUUUUUGAUGGCGAUUGGGCGCCUAAUGGUAACAGUUGUAAAGAAUAUUUUUUGUCGAGCUGUAAUGUACCAAGUAGAUUCAGAACGUUUGAUGGUACUUGCAAUGAUCCGAUAAAUCGUGGAGCAGCAUUUACUCCUUAUUCCAGAAGUUUGCCACCGGAUUACGCGGAUGGCAUUGAAGCACCGCGAGUUGCUAAGUCUGGAAAGCCUUUACCUUCUGCUAGAGAAAUAAGUUUGCGUGCGCACACUCCAGCUUCAAGUUCAAAUCCCUCAUUCACUGUCAUGCUGGCAGUUUUUGGGCAAUUUUUAGAUCAUGAUAUCACAGCUACGGCAAUAAGUCAAGGUACCAAUGGAAGUUCAUUUUCCUGCUGCCCGCCUGAUAAUAUUGGGCAUCCAGAAUGUUUUCCUGUGUUUGUUGGUCCUGGUGAUCCGGUUUAUGAUGUUGCUGGUUCAAAAUGUAUGGAGUUCGUACGAUCUGCACCAGCAAUGCAGUGUAAAUUAGGUCCUCGUCAACAACUUAAUCAGGUCACAUCAUUUAUCGAUGCUUCAACAGUAUAUGGGUCGAAUAAAAAUCUAGCAGACUCACUGCGUGAAUUUAAAGCUGGACAAUUACGAAUGUACAAAGCACCUGAUGGUAGAACUUUGUUACCACAAAGUACUGAUUUAAAUGACGGCUGUAACAGAGAAGUUGAAAAUAAACGUGGGCGAUAUUGUUUCGCAUCUGGGGACGCACGAGCUAAUGAAAAUUUGCAUCUGACUACUAUGCAUCUACUGUGGGCACGCCAGCAUAAUUUGUUAGCCACCCAACUGCAGGAAUUAAAUCCACAUUGGGAUGAUGAGAGACUCUAUCAAGAAAGUAGAAGAAUUAUUGGCGCUCAAAUGCAGCAUAUUGCGUACAAAGAAUUUGUUCCAGUUGUUAUCGGGGACAGUGAAGCAAGAAAACGUAAAUUGUUGCCGCUAGAGUCAAAUAUUUAUCGUGAAGCUUCGAAAAAUUUUGAUCCAACAAUCGCUAAUAAUUUUGCAGCAUCAGCAUUUCGUUUUGCUCAUACUCUACUUCCUGGUCUCAUGAAAAUGACCGACGCUGAGAAAGGAACUGAAGAUUACAUUCAAUUGCACAAAAUUCUAUUCAAUCCUUACAGUUUGUAUGCAAAGACUGGGGUCGAAAGCUCUAUUCUCUCAGCUACGAGAAAUUUCAUUCAAAAAACUUCAACCCACGUUACAUCUCAAUUAACGAGACAUCUGUUUGAAGAUCCUCUUUCAAGCCAAACAAAUUCGUAUAACUCAACACAUCAUCUGCCAUUUGUACCUUGCGGGCUGGAUCUGGUCUCGCUCAACAUUCAGCGAGGCAGAGAUCAUGGCCUGCCUGGUUACACAGCAUGGAGAGAGUUCUGCGGACUUGUUCGCCCUCGGAAUUUUCUUCAACUACGCGGAAUCGUUGAUCCCGAUAGCUUCAAACAAUUACCGUUGCUUUACGAAGACGUUGAUGACAUUGACUUAUAUACUGGUGCACUUGCGGAGAUAAAAAUAGCCGAUGGGUUAAUUGGCCCUACUUUCACGUGUCUCGUUAGUCAGCAGUUCCAACGACUGCAGUCAGGUGAUCGCUAUUGGUAUGAGUCUUCUCAAUCACCUUAUCCAUUUACGCCAGAGCAACUGGUACAGCUGAGGAAAUCAUCGCUAGCAAAAUUAAUUUGUGAUUGUUCUAAUGAUAUCAAUGAAAUCCAACCUCUGGUUAUGAGAUCAGUCAGCGCUGAAAAUCCUAUAACGAUAUGCGAUGAUAUAGAGAGUGUUGACUUAACCGCAUGGAAAGAAACUAUAUAAUUAAUUAAUUUUUUAAAACUUAGAGUAAAAAAUAUACUAAAAUUUUUUUAAUUAUUUGUAUGUAAAAUUUUAUAAUUAAUAACUGAGUAAUAAUUUGAUUU